AUGGUUCUCGUUACUCGCUUCUGGCUGCCCAAGCACCCCAAAUAUGAUGCGAAUCAAGAAGACAAACUCAGCAAGGACACCAAGGCUGAACAGCAACCCCAAGUCACGCCAAUAUCGAUUUCUUUCAAGCGACUAUUUCUACCAAAGCAGGAUUCAGCAAAGACUCCAUGGGUUCCAAAUAUCUCGGCCGUUAUCAAAGCUGCAGAUGAGGGUCUGAUUUCUUCCGCACUAUUCACAAGUCUCGAGGGAGAAGACGGACAAAUACCACUCAGCGCUCUGUACUCAGCAUUUGAAAAGGAAAUCCGCGCUCGUUAUCCUCUCGAAAGAUAUCCGUACGCCACAGAUGUCACCAAAAGCCAUACUCUGGCGAGGAAACCUUCAGGAGCCCUUGGCCGAUCUAAAUCGGUAUCGGGGACUUCGCGGGCAGAGGCCGGCUUAAAGAUGCAGAGGAAGAGUAUGGACCUGUCGAUGACAGAACUGGGACGAGCCAAAAGUCUUGUUGUAAAGAAGUGGUCGUCGCCUCUGGUAUCGAUGCGUAACGGACUACCAAGCGAUGGAGGCCGCCAAACCGGGAAAAAGACAUGGGCCAAAGACGGACAGAAAGCAAAAGUUGAUAAAGGCCGGACAACCAUAACGAUCACGCCCGCCGAACUCACUGCCCUUGCCAUAAUCUUCGGGAGCGAACCGAAGCGCAAUGUCGAUAAGACUGUUUUAGUCUCAGAGAUGGGCGCCUACAACAUCUCGAUCGUCCCCGUACAAACAGGCGGAUCAAAGUACCACAUCACCCUCCAGCAAACCAGGCGCAACAAAAGCCAGUGGCACGCUCAAGACUCCGGCGUCUCCCCACUCUUCGCAAAGCACCUCGCCGCCGGCUCCAUCCCUUUCGCCCAAGACGCCCAAAACACCCACAGCAUCCUCAUCACCCCCUCAACCCUCGAAGCCAUCCAGGCAGGCUCCCCCCUCACCAGCCACGCCAUCACAAACUCUACAAAGCAAACCACCUUACUCUCCUCCCUACCCUCCUCUCUGCCCCCAAGAUUCUACACACUCACACCCUCAACCUCCCUCCAACCCCCCACCACCCUCCUCAACGCCAUCGCCGCCCUACCCUUCUCCCGCGGCCUCACGCCCCUCGCCUCGACCCCCCUCAUAGAAACCGUCUCCUUCAUCGCCACCGGCGGCAUCGCCCCCGGCAAACUCCUCCCCCGCCUCGAAGCCCUCGUCGCCAAACUGCACCGCCACUCCCCACACCUCUCUCUCUUCGGCGCCCUCUACGAACAACGCAACGCAAAAGCCCUCCAUCGCGAGCGCGAGCGCCUGCGCCGCCUCGGCAUCGACCCCACGACUCCGGACUCGCGCGCUGACAAGGCCGCACGCAUGUCGCGGUACGUGGCGCUGCUGGAGCGCUUGAUGGCCUUGGUGCCGGAUAUGAAGCCCAGCGAGGUACUGAAGAAGGUUGAGGAGGGGGUGAAGAGUGAGAUUGCGGAUGCGUAUGCUAGGGCUACGGGUACCGGUACAUCGAGGGCUGGUUCUACUGCUCCCAACAACGCUAUUGCUACGGCGACUGCUGUGCCGGCACCAAAGUCAGAGAGUCCGGAGCGAAGGCUCCGACGGAGGUCUAAUCGCUUGAGUUUUGUUUCGCGUGCUUCGUCGGGAUCGAGUGUGAGUUUUGGGACUGACGAUGGUGUUGGAGGGGAUCUGGGCAAGCAAGUUGAGCGCGUGCUCAAGGCGGAGUUGCCGUUGGAUAUUCGCACCGUGGCGUUUGUGGCGCGCAUGGUGAUUGUGGCGUGGACUUUGAGUGUGGAUGCUGUGGCAUUUGAAGGCGAAGGGGCAGAGAGCGAAGAAGGUGACUACAAGAUUCCUGAUUUCACUGGCUGGGAUAGGAUCGUCAUGUCGUAA